GCAGGCAUGUGAAUGACGGGGCAUGUGUGUUGGGACAUGUGUGUUGGGACAUGGUGCACAGGAGUUGGGGGCUUUCCGGUUGGGUGGGGGAAGGUGCCGGGGAAACAGAGUGUGCCUUUCUUUGUGAGGGUGUGUGUGUGUGUGUGUGUGUGCCGCCAGUCUGUGUGCAGUGGGUGUGGGUGUUUGUCUCCCUGUAUCCGCCUUCUCUCUCCUCUUGGACUUUUAGCUUUCCUGGGCUCCCUUUCCUCAUGUCCUGCCUCCUCCCUCUCAAGGCUCAAAGUGGGUGCCCUUGUGGACGAGGGGGGCACACUCCAGGACUUAGUCCAACCCCAGAUGCUGCCUGAGGCUUCCCUCCUGCCCCCCUCCCUUUCUCUCCUCCCUCUCCUCCCUCCCUCUCUUUCCCUUCCUCCCUCCCCCCCAAGGCUGGCGUGCCAGGGGGUGGGACAUGCCAAUCACUGGCUGUGCCUCUCCGGCUGCCAGCACAGGGCGCAGCUCCCCCCGGGAGCCAGGUGUUUGGGUCCCAGGAGACACUGCAGGCCCCUGGAGAAGCAGCGAAGCGGAGGACCCUACAGACCCCUCUCUGAUCCCAUGGUGAUGCCCUUUCUCUGAGGAAAACCUGUGACUGGAGGAAGGGGCUGCCCCUUCAUCCCACCUGGCUGCCAUGAACACCUCAGUGCCCCCUGCUGUCAGUCCCAACAUCACUGUCUUGGCACCAGGAAAGGGUCCCUGGCAGGUGGCCUUCAUCGGGAUCACCACAGGCCUCCUGUCUCUAGCUACAGUGACAGGCAACCUGCUGGUACUCAUCUCCUUCAAGGUCAACACCGAGCUCAAGACAGUCAACAACUACUUCCUGCUGAGCCUGGCCUGUGCUGACCUCAUCAUUGGCACCUUCUCCAUGAACCUCUAUACCACGUACCUGCUCAUGGGCCACUGGGCUCUGGGCACACUGGCCUGUGACCUCUGGCUGGCCCUGGACUAUGUGGCCAGCAACGCCUCUGUCAUGAAUCUUCUGCUCAUCAGCUUUGACCGUUACUUCUCGGUGACCCGACCCCUGAGCUACCGAGCCAAGCGCACUCCCCGAAGGGCAGCUCUGAUGAUUGGCCUAGCAUGGCUGGUUUCCUUCGUUCUCUGGGCCCCAGCCAUCCUCUUCUGGCAAUACCUAGUUGGGGAGCGGACAGUGCUGGCUGGGCAGUGCUACAUCCAGUUCCUCUCCCAACCCAUCAUCACUUUUGGCACAGCCAUGGCCGCCUUCUACCUCCCUGUCACGGUCAUGUGUACGCUGUACUGGCGCAUCUACCGGGAGACAGAAAACCGAGCCCGGGAGCUGGCGGCCCUGCAGGGCUCUGAGACACCAGGCAAAGGUGGUGGCAGCAGCAGCAGCUCAGAGAGGUCACAGCCAGGGGCUGAAGGCUCACCCGAGUCGCCUCCAGGCCGCUGCUGUCGCUGUUGCCGGGCACCCAGGCUCCUGCAGGCCUACAGCUGGAAGGAAGAAGAGGAGGAGGACGAAGGCUCCAUGGAGUCCCUCACAUCCUCCGAAGGUGAGGAGCCUGGCUCAGAAGUGGUGAUCAAGAUGCCCAUGGUAGAUUCUGAAGCACAGGCACCCACCAAGCAGCCCCCCAAAAGCUCCCCAAAUACAGUCAAGAGGCCCACCAAGAAAGGCCGAGACCGAGGCGGCAAGGGCCAAAAACCCCGAGGGAAGGAACAGCUGGCCAAGAGAAAGACCUUCUCCCUGGUCAAGGAGAAGAAGGCAGCUCGGACCCUGAGUGCCAUCCUGCUGGCCUUCAUCCUCACCUGGACACCAUAUAACAUCAUGGUGCUGGUAUCUACCUUCUGCAAGGACUGUGUUCCUGAAACCCUGUGGGAGCUGGGCUACUGGCUAUGCUACGUCAAUAGCACUGUCAACCCCAUGUGCUAUGCACUGUGCAACAAAGCCUUCCGGGACACGUUCCGCCUGCUGCUGCUCUGCCGCUGGGACAAGAGGCGCUGGCGCAAGAUCCCCAAGCGCCCUGGCUCUGUGCACCGCACGCCCUCCCGCCAAUGCUAACGGCCCCCUUCUCCUGCAUCCUUCCACCCCAGCUCCAGGGAGAGGCCGGUGGAAAGUGUCCCGGAAAAACGGGCUGCAUCUUCAGCCCCAGAGCCCUGCUCAGGACUCCCCUGGCUUCCCAGGCCCCUGGGUCACCUUCCUGGACAGCCCAGAGAGACUCUACUAGCUUUCCAAACUUUGCUAUUCCCAGACGGGGAGUGAAACCCGGGGAACUGGUUUUUCUGAUCCCCGCUGUGUGGGAAUGGGCCCAGCAGGAGGAUCCGGGCUUUGGACUGUUUGCGUUUAGGCAGGAAGUCAGGAGCCAGCAGGGCGGGGCGGGCCGGCCAGUAGUUUAAAGGUGCAGUCUUUCUUGGCCCAGCAGGGGGCCUGGAUUGCAGUGGUCAAAGCACCCACUGCAUCUACAUUUGGGAGAUGACACCAAGCACAGAGAGAAAAGUUUGGAACGGGGA